AUGCUCAUUGCAUUUGCCUUGGGGCUUUUCCUGAGCCUUGGCCGUGUCACUGGCUUGAACGUGGGGGAGGCGAAUCUCGACAUCUGGGAUGUAGAUGACUCGUGUAAGCCAUAUCUACCACUUCUGCAAAAGGCUUUCGACGAUGCCGCGACUAUGUCAGCCAAAGCUUUAAAAGACCUCAAAUUUGUUCAACAACCCCGUCCGCAACAAGACACCAAGCGAAGGGAAAGUCUUGAAUGGGACCGCAUAGCAAGGGCCGUGAACACCAUGUUUGGCUUUAAUCCAGACCACCAAGGGACCAACUCGGAAAACAAGUUUAUGCAAAGAAUACUUGAGGUUUACGAUAAGAUGAGCACAGCCCUGCAUGGCAAUGAGAACAUACCAGCAAAGGGUUUCACACAACUCCACUCCAAAGCACUGGUGAUGUGUGGCGAUAAGCCAUGGAGAUGGUAUUCGGUGAACGACAUUGAUCCAUACGAUCUAAUGAACCGACAACUGCAUAUCACCCAGCCUCAAGUAGUGGGCGGGGGAGCCUGGGCAUGGAAACACAGAUAUCAUUCGAACGGAAACCCAAACAGUAUUGGAAUUUGUCGUCCUGGGAUAUAUGCAGUCACCCAAACCAAGUACGACAUGAUUACUUUUUGUGAUUCCUCUUUCUCCAAGGAUCCAACUGAUCUAGCUGAUGUGGUGGUUUCACCAGUCGAUAGACGGCACAGCGUGGAGGAGGGAGUGACAAAAUUAGAUGAAUUUGAGAAAAGUCUCUCUCGUGUCAUGCUUCAUGAACUCACUCAUUGGUAUGGGGCGAAAAGGGAUGACAGUGAUGGUACCGUUAUCCAACUCCCCGAUCAACAAGCAGUUUCGAAAAGAGGCGAAUUGGUUUUCCAGCAUCUCAACCAGAACAACGUUGUGGAAGCCGUGUUAAGUUCUGAAAGAAAAGAUGGAGUCCGAUACGAAAAAGCAUCAGUGUACGGCUUUGUGCGGAUCGCAAGGCUGGCUAUGAGUCACGAAGGCGAGUUUGCCCAAAAUUCAGGACCAAAAAAGGCUACCGACACGGCAGAGGCAUACACCUAUUUUGCCAUGAUGGCGUAG